UGUCUGCCCCAACUCUCCAGCGGGACAGAAAGCCUGAAGCCCACAUUCACAGCCUGUUACUGCCAGAGGACACAUCUCUCCGUUUUCACUCUCGUUACUACAAACAAUGUGAGGAACAUGGCUGACAGAAGGUCUGACUGGGUGGAGAUCGUGGAGCCGCGCUCGAGGGAGCGCAUGUAUGUUAACCUGCUGACCGGCGAGUGUGGUUGGGAACCACCGCCUGGCGCCCCUGUCCGUCAGUCAGACGGCAACCAGUGGUGGGAGCUUUUCGAUAGCAACAACAAUCGGUUUUACUACUACAACUGUACGAGCCAGCAGACGGUCUGGCACAGGCCUCAAGACAGCGACAUAGUGCCUCUAGCGCAACUCCAAGCCAUGAAAAGGAGCUCUGAAGCUGAUCUCAAGGCUCAAGGGAGGAUCCAGAGAGGACCAGUGGAUGGCAAGCGAACCCCCCUGCCUGGACUGGAUCCAUCAACUCUGGAGCAGGAGAGUGGGAGGGAGAUACCAUCGUCUAAUUCUAAAGAGGACAGUCUGGAGAAAAGCUGCCAAGGAAAUAGGUAAGGAUGUCAAUACCAC